CCACGAAGAAAAGAAGAGGGCUCAGUGGGAGGGGGUUGCUGGUCCGGAUCGGUCCUCUUUGCUGGGACAUGAACAUGACGUUUCUUCACGGCGCUUGCAGCGUCCUCCGCCUCCUGCUCAGCGUCUUGGUGGGCUUGAACGUGCUGCUGAUGGAGGUGACGGCGUCCCAGCAGGGCAUCCCUCUGUCGGUUGUAAAACUCUGGGCUUCAGCAUUUGGUGGAGAAAUCAAAUCCAUUUCUGCCAAAUAUUCUGGAUCUCAGCUGCUGCAAAAGGAGCUGUGGGCUAUCACAGCGCCGCGUCCCGGCACCAACUCCAGCACGGAGACACCCUCCUCCCCGGCCAAAGGCGGCAGCAGGAUUAAUUCCAGACUCUCACCUGCAUGUCCCGGAACAUGGGAUGAAAGCGGGACCACAAGAGUGAACCCACGCAGAUAUGGCGAGAGCAUACAGACGGCAUUCAGAAAGCGACUCCAGGCUCAAAACCAGGGCCCGCCGUGCCCAGAGAAAUACAAGCCACCAGGAAAAACGGUCAGAGUGGAAGAAAUCGAUGGUGUGAAGCUGGUGAAAAACCUGGCUGUGAAGAUGGAGGAAAUGUUCCGCAAAAAAGCAGAAGCCACCAGGAUGUCUUUCUUCUCUACACAGCGGCUGGUAGAGGCAGCGGAGGAGGCGCAUCAUCAGCACGAAGAUAAUCCAGACCUGCAGUACGAGUACUUCAACGCUGUGCUGAUCAAUGAAGUGGACAAUGAGGGUAACAACGUGGAGCUGGGAGGAGAGUUCCUCCUGGAGCCCAACGACCACUUCAACAACCUGUCAGUCAACCUCAGCCUCAGUGUGGUGCAGGUGCCCACCAACAUGUACAACAAAGAUCCAGACAUAGUCAACGGGGUCUACUGGUCUGAAGCCCUGAACAAAGUGUUUGUGGACAACUUUGAAAGAGAUCCAACUCUUAUCUGGCAGUAUUUUGGUAGUGCUAAAGGUUUCUUCAGGCAGUACCCUGGGGUAAAGUGGCAUCCAGAUGAAAAUGGGGUCAUUGGUUUUGACUGCAGGAACAGGAAGUGGUACAUCCAGGCAGCUACAUCUCCCAAAGAUGUUGUUAUCUUAGUGGACGUCAGUGGAAGCAUGAAAGGAUUGAGAUUGACCAUCGCCAGACAAACCGUCUCCUCCAUUUUAGACACACUUGGAGAUGAUGACUUCUUUAACAUCAUUGCAUACAAUCAGGAGAUUCAUUAUGUGGAGCCUUGUUUGAAUGGCACUUUAGUGCGGGCAGACAGAACCAAUAAAGAUCAUUUCCGUGAGCAUCUGGACAAGCUGUUUGCCAAAGGGAUUGGGCUGCUGGGACAAGCUCUGACUGAAGCGUUCACAAUCCUCAAUGAUUUCAAUCAGACUGGCCAUGGUAGUGUGUGCAGCCAGGCCAUAAUGCUUGUGACAGACGGGGCAACGGAAAUGUAUGAUGAUGUUUUUGAGAAGUACAACUGGCCAGAAAGAAAGGUACGCAUAUUCCCUUACCUGAUUGGACGGGAGUCCGCGUUUGCUGAUAACCUGAAAUGGAUGGCGUGCGCCAACAAAGGAUACUUCAGUCAGAUUUCCACAUUAGCAGAUGUUCAAGAGAACGUUAUGAGGUACCUUCACGUGAUGAGCCGCCCCAAGGUUAUUGACCAUGAGCACGACACUGUGUGGACCGAGGCUUACGUUGACAGUGCGCUGUCCCAGGCACACAAGUUAAAUGACAAAGCGGGUCCAAGUCUGACGACCACAGUUGCGAUGCCGGUCUUCAGCACUAAGAAUGAGACGAAGAAUCAGGGUAUUCUGUUGGGGGUCGUUGGAACAGACAUUCCUCUGCAGGAACUGAUGAAGCUUAUUCCCAAACAUAUGUUAGGAAUCCACGGGUAUGCAUUUGCCAUCACAAACAACGGCUACAUCCUGACACAUCCAGACCUCAGGCCUUUGUAUCAGGAGGGUCAGAAGAGGAGAAAGCCCAACUACAGCAGCGUGGACCUCUCUGAGGUGGAAUGGGAGGACAAAGAUGACAUUCUGCGCAACGCCAUGGUGAACAGGAGGACAGGCACCUUCUCCAUGGAGGUUAAGAAGACGGUGGAUAGAGGGAGACGUGUGUUGAAGAUGCACAAUGAUUACUACUACACUGAUAUCAAAGGGACUCCAUUCAGUGUUGGAGUAGCUCUCUCCAGAGGCCACGGCAAGUACUUCUUCAGAGGAAACGUGUCAGUUGAAACAGGGCUCCGUGAUCUGGAACAGCCAGAUGUCGCCCUGGCAGAUGAAUGGACAUACUGCAACACAGAGGAGCAGCAUGAGCACCGUCACCUGACUCAGAUACAAGCCAUCAAGCUCUUCAUGACAGGCCGCAGGCCAAACCUUAAGUGUGACCGAGAGCUAAUCAAGGAAGUGUUAUUUGAUGCUGUGGUCACUGCUCCGCUUGAGGCCUACUGGACUGGACUGGCUCUCAACAAGUCAGAGAACUCAGACAAAGGAGUGGAAAUUGCCUUCCUGGGCACACGCACCGGCCUGUCAAGGACCAACCUGUUCGUAGCUGCAGAUCAGCUCUCCAAUCAAGAUUUCCUGACAGCAGAGGACAAGGAGGGUGUCUUUAAUGCCGAUCACUUUCCUCUGUGGUACAAAAGAGCGGCAGAGCAGGUCCCAGGCACAUUUGUCUACUCCAUCCCCUUCAGCACAGCUUUGGAGAACAAGAGUGUUGUAUUGGCCAGCACUGCAAUCCAGCUCCUCGAUGACAGAAAGUCACCAAUUGUUGCAGCUGUAGGGCUUCAGAUGAAGCUCGAGUUCUUCCAGAGGAAAUUCUGGACGGCCUGCAGACAGUGUACAGCUCUGGAUGGCAAAUGCAGCAUUAGUUGUGAUAGCGAGGACAUUAACUGCUACCUGAUUGACAACAAUGGCUUCAUUCUUGUCACAGAGGAGCAAUCUCAGACAGGGCUCUUUUUUGGAGAGGUAGAAGGUGCCGUCAUGAACAAACUUCUCCAAAUGGGCUCGUUCAAAAGGAUCACACUGUACGACUACCAGGCCCUUUGCAGAGAGUAUGCAGGGAGCAGCGACAGUGCACGUGCUUUAUCAGAUCCCUUCACUGUUGUGAAAUGGCUCUUGACCGAACUUGUCAUUUUCCUUCUGGAAUUGAACGUGUACAGUUGGUGGAAUGUGGAUCUUUCUGUUAAAGCUCAGAGAUCUCGUGGUAAGACCAUGAUGGUGCCAUGUGACACAGAGUACCCUGCCUUCGUGUCGGAGCGCACCAUUAAAGAAACCACGGGCAACAUUGACUGUGACGGCUGUGUCCGGUCGUUCGUCAUACAGCAGAUUCCCAGCAGCAACCUCUUCAUGGUGGUUGUGGACAACAAGUGUGACUGCAGCAGUGCUCCGCCAGUCACCAUGGACCCCAUUGAAAUUAUGUAUAUCGAAUCACUCAAGUGCGACCGGCUGAAGUUUCAGAAGGACAGAAAGAAGCCUGAAUCGUGUCAUCCUUUCCACCCGGAGGAAAACGCCAUGGAGUGUGGUUCAGCUUCACGUCUCUGCAGUCCUCUCACAGCCAUUUUGCUCCCACUGAUGGCAGCGGGUGUCAGCAGGUGACCAGCAGCAGCAGAACAGACUGAACAACCAGAGGCAUCGACACAUAGGAAACAAGGCCAACCACACAUGAUUUCUUCACCGCAGGAAGAUGCAAAAGCAACUUUGGCUCAAAUGCUGCUGAUAGUUUACUGUGUUCUCUUGAAUGUGUGUUGAAAUUGAGCAAUACAAGUAAGUAUUUGAGCAAUGAACACACAGUAGAUUCGUGUUUAUUGUAAAGUUGGAUGAGAGUGCAAUUUUGCCGAUGAAAAGACAGCAGAACAGGUGAGAAACUAGUUUGGGCAAAAAUUGCUUCAACAUUUUUGUCGCCUUGCUUUAGAUUUAUCCAUAUGGAUCAUAUAAAAUACCAUACCGAGCGAUAAGAGCACUUUAACUUGCUUUAUUCUGCCAGUUAAAAUACAUUAGCAUUGCAUGUUUUUAACUGUGUUCAAAGAAUGUUACAUGUUUAAGAUCAUGAUUAAAGACAUAUUUUUCCUUGACAUACAUCAAGUUCAAAGGUUUUUCAUGUGCAUGUGUGGGGGAGAUUUAAUUGAUUCAACAAUCAUUGGCUAUGAUAUUGUAUUUAAUAUUUCAAUUUAUUUACUUUCAGUUGAAAUUCAAUCCCCAUUGUGAAUUACAUCUUCAAAAAGUAUGAAUUUUACUUAUGAAAGUUGAUACAUUUUGAAGAUGUCAAUUUCAAGUGCAACUGUAGAUACUUUUAAAUAAAUGCCUUUAUAAUAACUUAUUACAUAUUUUUUUCAAUACUGAGAUUCAAUACAAAAGCUAUAUUAAAAAAAGACAUGCAUUUUUGUUUAAAAUGAUAAUAUAAUGCUAGGUUUACACAAUCACUGCAAACUACAACCACAGGUACAACAUGAAUACAUUUACAGUGUCAAUGCGUGGAAUGCGUCUGAACAAGAUUACCGUACAACCCAAAAAAAUAAGGGUCUGCAUGUUAUCGCAACUUUAACUAGUUGGCUAAAGUAUGGAAAACAAUAAUAUAACCGUCUGAUUUUCUUUUA